ACUGUUUAUAUACUGUUCAUCAUAGGUAUGUUUAGUGGUGUUUUUGGAUGAGAGGGUGGUGCCUGUGCACCAGGCACCCUCAACGUGGCGUCACCCCUGCGGAGGUUACGGUAUUAUUGCUAAGUCAACAGACAUGAGCAGAAGCUUCUGCUGGACCAGCGACUGAAACAAUUGAACCAACACCCCACUUCCCUCAAUACGACCAUCACUCAAACACGUCUUUAUAAGCCGGACUCACCUAGUCCCAGGCGCGCAACGCAAGAAUUCAGACGCCAAUAGACAGUCAACUAUGUUCUGCGAAUGCGGCACGGGCAGCUUCAAGCACGUCGACGAGGACCCAGAGGCUCUCGGCUGCGGCGGUGGCGGAUCGCCCAAGGCGAGGAGGAAGCAUGGGGGCAAGGUCAACCCCUACGCGGAGCGCGGGCUGGACAGGUUCUCCACCGUGCUCAACGAGCUCGAGUCCCGUCGGGCCAAGAUCCUCCGCCGCGUCGGCUCCGACUCGGGCCUCGUCAUGGUCCGCUUCGUCCAGUCCAACGGUAGGUGGGCGCCCGUCGUCGUCAAGCUCCCCGAGGAGCAGCUCAAGGGCGCCGCCGCAAAGAAACCAAGGGAAGCGUCCGCGGCGCCGGUGCUACCAGCUGCCUCAGCCUCUCCGCCGUCGAAUCCAGCCAUCCGGCAAGGCGCCAAUAAUACCGCCAAGGCGCCGGCCAGGAGGGCGUCAUUCUCGUGGGGGAGGAUGCGGCGGCCAUCGCGCUACUGGCCAGCGGUCAUCAUGCUGACGCUGGUGAGCCUGGCCGUGUUCGGGAGGGUGUUCGCCAUCUGCUGCACCUCCAUUUGGUGGUACCUCGUGCCCACGCUGAGCAGCGGCUGUUCUGAUGGCUCCAGCGAGGACGCGCACCGGGCUGGCCUGAGGAGGUCCAUGGAGAAAAAGAACCUGGUCUUGCCGCCACCGCACGCCAAGAAGGGCAGCAGCUGCGGCGUGCACGAGGUGAUCAGCUCGCCAAGAAGCCAGGCCAAGGGGAAGAGAGGGUGAUUGCCUGACUGGUGCAAGCAUCGAAUGCAUUAGUCAUGUAAUUAAGAUGCAAUUAGAGCAUGGCACGCGACGUCGCUAAUGUACGUCGUGUACUAGUUCGGUAACCGGAAAAAAGGAGCAACCUUAUGCUCAAAAGUCACCAUUUUCCUUUUUCACUUUCUUCACGGGUAAAUUUGAAGUUUCUCUUUUACGGUUCAUCAGGUUGUAAAUAAUUCUGAGUUAAUUCAUGUACGUGGAUGACACAGCCCCUUUUCCAC